AUCUCAAAAAGCUUCACCUGAAAGUUUUCAUUUUUUUAGCUGCUAUAAAAGCCUCUUGUUGGCAAAUUACUUGAAGCAAUUCAAACACAAAUUACUUUGCCUAAAACUUUAAAAAAAUUGCAACCAUGUUUUCUCCUCUUUCAAAAAUGCCUUCAACAACAUCAGUGCUAUCAGCAUAUACAACUUUGACUGCUUCAGCAGUUCUAGUUAGAAGUUUAGUCUCUGAAGUUCAGAACAUGACAAACCAACUUAUACCCAAAAAUCUCCAAGACAAAAUCUUGUCUAAAGUUGGAAUCUUUAUGGGAAAUAUCUCUUCCCAAAUUACCCUCAUAAUUGAGGAAAACAAUGGUAUCACUCCAAAUGAAAUCUUUGAAGCUUCUAAAUUAUACUUGGGCACUAUAGUUUCAGUACAAAGGGUCAAAAUUUCCAAGGCAGAGAAAGAAAAGAAAUUUUCAGUCAACAUUAGCAAAGAUGAGAAAAUGAUUGAUACAUUUGAAGGAGUGGAACUCAUUUGGGAGCUCAAAAUUGUGGAAAGUCAGAAGACAAAUUGUGAUGGUGGCUACUUGUCUUUAGAAAAUGUCGAACAAAUAUGGUAUGAACUCAGUUUCCUUAGGAGUCACAAGGAAAUGGUGUUGAAAACUUACUUGCCAUUUGUUCUUGAAAGAUCAAAAUCCAUAAAAGAGGAAAAGAAGGUGAUAAAACUUUCUCCACUUGGUUAUGGUUAUGAAAGUGUGAAUCUUGAUCAUCCGUCGACUUUUGAUACACUAGCAAUGGAUCCUGAAGAGAAGAAGAAAGUGAUGGAUGAUUUAGAAAGAUUUGUUAGGAGAAGAGAUUAUUAUAGAAGAGUUGGAAAGGCAUGGAAAAGGGGAUAUUUGUUGUAUGGACCACCAGGAACAGGCAAAUCUAGCUUGAUUGCAGCUAUGGCUAAUUAUCUAAAAUUUGACAUAUAUGAUAUGGAACUUUCUAGCAUGGGCGGUAACACUGAUUUCAGAAGAAUGUUAGUCUCUACCAACAACAGAUCAAUUAUUGUUAUUGAGGACAUUGAUUGUACCAUUCAACUACACAACAGAAAUGAUGGUGCACACAAUUACAAUGAUAGUGAGAGUCAGGUUACACUUUCUGGAUUGCUAAACUUCAUUGAUGGGCUAUGGUCAAGUUGUGGAGAUGAAAGAAUAAUUGUGUUCACUACCAACUUUAAAGAAAGACUAGACCCUGCAUUGAUAAGGCCAGGAAGAAUGGACAUGCACAUUCACAUGUCCUACUGCACUCCGAGUGGAUUCAAGAUCCUUGCUUCCAACUACCUUGGCCUUGAAAAUCACUAUAAAUUCCACGAAAUAGAAGAGCUUAUAACUGAAGUGAAUGUGACACCAGCAGAGAUUGCAGAAGAGCUGAUGAAAAGUGAUGAAGCAGACAUUGCACUUGAUGGACUAAUUAAGUUCAUCAACAAGAAGAAAGAAGAUUGCAAAGAGAAAAUUGUUGUAGAAAAUGAAGUUGAUGAGAAAGGAGAUGAAAUGAACAAGGAAGAAAUAGAGACCAAAGAGACGAGGAAGCGUAAGGGGAAUUCAAGGAGGGGAGGAAGAAGCAAGCGUAAAAUUUUCUAAUCUUCAUUUCUUUCUUUACAAUUAAUUUUGUCACUAGAAAUUUACUUGUUCAAUGUACUUUUCCAUUCUCACACUCUUUUGUGAUAUAUCCAAUAAUUUUUUAGUCAUGUAACCUAGAAUUGAAAAUGUUCAAUAUCCUGUGUCUUCGUUAAUUGUUGGUUUUAAGGCAUAUUCUAAUUUUCACCUUAUCACUGACUUAGCUAUGUUUGCUUCAUUAGGUAAUUUUUCCUUCUCAAAAUGCAUAAAAGAUGUUCAAUCUUCGUUAAUGUUUUAUAAUGAUGGUGGGCAAACCAACUCACAAUGCAUCUCAAUAAUGAUGGUGGGCAAACCAACUCACAAUGCAUCUCAAGU